UGUCAGUGGUCUGUGAAGUGGACAGGGAAGAGUUCCAUCGUGCUUUCAAUGAACAAAUACGGAGUGCCUACUUUCUCAGGCCUUAUUUUGGGCGCUGUGCUAUGCGGUGAACAAGACAGACAAAAUGUUAUACCUCUUGAAGCCUACUGACGGGAGUUUUUUUAAAAUGGCUCUGAGCAAAUCAAUGCAUGCAAGAAAUAGAUACAAGGACAAACCUCCUGACUUUGCAUAUCUGGCAUCCAAAUAUCCAGAUUUUAAGCAGCAUGUUCAGAUAAAUCUGAAUGGAAGAGUGAGCCUUAAUUUUAAAGACCCUGAAGCAGUCCGAGCUCUGACUUGUACUCUCCUAAGGGAAGAUUUUGGACUUUCUAUUGAUAUUCCAUUGGAGAGACUAAUUCCCACAGUUCCCUUGAGACUCAACUAUAUUCACUGGGUAGAAGAUCUGAUUGGUCACCAGGACUCUGACAAAAGUUCUCUCCGAAGAGGAAUUGACAUAGGUACAGGGGCCUCCUGCAUCUACCCGUUACUUGGAGCAACCUUGAAUGGCUGGUAUUUCCUUGCAACAGAAGUGGAUGAUAUGUGUUUCAACUAUGCAAAGAAAAAUGUGGAACAGAAUAACUUAUCUGAUCUCAUAAAAGUGGUGAAAGUGCCACAGAAGACGCUCCUGAUGGAUGCUCUGAAAGAAGAAUCUGAGAUCAUCUAUGACUUUUGCAUGUGCAACCCUCCUUUUUUUGCCAAUCAGUUGGAAGCCAAGGGAGUAAACUCAAGAAAUCCCCGAAGACCUCCACCUAGUUCUGUUAACACAGGCGGCAUCACAGAGAUCAUGGCAGAAGGCGGUGAACUAGAGUUUGUUAAAAGGAUCAUCCAUGACAGUCUACAACUGAAAAAAAGAUUAAGAUGGUAUAGCUGUAUGCUGGGAAAGAAAUGCAGCCUGGCGCCUCUGAAAGAAGAGCUUCGCAUCCAAGGGGUCCCAAAAGUCACCUACACUGAAUUCUGUCAAGGUCGGACGAUGAGAUGGGCCUUAGCUUGGAGUUUUUAUGACGAUGUAACAGUACCAUCACCACCAAGUAAGCGAAGAAAAUUAGAGAAACCAAGGAAACCCAUUACGUUUGUGGUGUUGGCGUCCGUGAUGAAAGAGUUGUCCCUGAAAGCAUCGUCUCUGGGCUCCGAGACGGGGGAAGGCAUCGUGGUCGUCACCACGUGGAUUGAAAAGAUUCUCACUGAUUUGAAGGUCCAGCAUAAACGAGUUCCCUGUGGAAAAGAGGAAGUUAGCCUUUUCCUAACAGCCAUAGAAAACUCCUGGAUUCAUUUACGGAGAAAGAAAAGAGAGCGAGUGAGACAGCUGAGAGAAGUCCCUCGCGCUCCUGAGGAUGUCAUUCAGGCCUUGGAGGAGAAGAAAUCCGCCCCCAGAGAGCCUGGCAACAGCCAGGAGAGGGCGCCGUGCAGGCCUGCUCUGCGGGAAGGCAAGCCUGCUGAUGCGGAGGGCCAGGGCCUGAGCCAGGAGUCGCUGUCCCUGGAGGAAAACCCAGAACCCAUGGAGGACGAAAGGAGUGAGGAGAAGGGAGAGAUGGAGGUUUUGGAAAGCUGUAAAGGCUCUAGCAACGGAGCCCAGGACCAAGAGGCUUCUGAGCAGUUCAGCAACCCCAUGGCCACCAAGGGGAAGCGUCUCCCAGGCAUGGCUGGGCAGUACCUGUUUAAGUGUUUGAUCAAUGUUAAGAAGGAGGUGGACGAUGCCUUAGUUGAAAUGCAUUGGGUUGAGGGCCAGAACAGGGAUUUGAUGAACCAGCUUUGCACCUACAUACGUAACCAAAUUUUUCGGCUUGUUGCUAGUUAACUGGAAACAUCUUGCACAGCUGGAGGCAUGUUUAUAGGAGCUGGCUUUGGAGUGGCUGUGGGGUGGCAGGAGGAAUCCCAUCAGUGGUCCAUCUGUAGCAUUACGGGCCACUGACACGAAUUAUCUUCAGAAACUAGAACCUGUGAAUCUAUCCCACCUCCCCCCACCGCCUUGCUGCUGUUCUUUUUAAGUUACAGGAGUUGUAGUAUGGUCGUUUACAAGGAGGAAUUGUGGUUGUAACAACCGAAGGCCCUCGGUACACUCCCGAAGCUUUGAAAGCUGGCUAGAGCUGGGCCCCUCAGCUGUGGACUGCUUCUUCACGGCCAGAAGUGCUGUUUGUGGAGUGUGGGCCGGGCAGCACUGCCUAGUAUGCCAUGCUC